CUUUUUCCUAUCGAGCUACUCACACCAAAGAUUAUCGCCAUGGAUAACCUCCCGCCGCAUGUCAUUGACAUCAUCAUCUCGUACACUAUCGGACAGGACAAGUUGAGACCUGAGCUCCGGACUGACACCAGCCCGCUUACUGUGCCGCGUACUCUGUACCCGCUGAUGAGCGUUAAUCGUGAAUGGCGACGUGUCGCCAGUAACUUCAUCAAUAAAUCUGCUGGUAUCCUAAUCAGGGACCCUGAUGGAAUCUAUCAGUAUCGGUUGUACCGACGCGGCCAGGAAACGCCUGAGCAGGCCCAGCCUCUUGAGGAUAUCGUUGCGACCGGGUUUGAGCGGCAUGUCCGCCAUUUGCAACUCAAUUUACCCAUUGAGAGUAUCGCAGACGGCACGGCAUACUCAGCGAUCGACUCGCUGCUCAGCUCGUGCAAGGGCAAGCUCAACAGCGUCCAGACAGUAUCUCUCCGCAUUGCGACCAACUGUUUUCCUACGUUCAAUCAGUUUCUUAUGAUGCGGGAUACCGUAGCCAGCCCGCAGGAGCAGGCCAAUAUCGAGCGCGAGGUUUCCCAGAAUGUUGGUCGUAUCGGCAAGCUGCUGAAGAAGGUGGUGCCAAACAUCGUUUCUGUGGUUUAUUCCGGUGUGCAUCACCUCAGAUUCAACAACCGGCCUCUAAAUAACGCUCUUUUGUCAGCGUUGCUGGGUGGUGCGCCAUCAGUCCAGUAUCUGAGCAUACUGGUAGGCGAUUUUUCACAUACUGCUUUGGAGAGUGGGCUGGCACCCAAUGUCAAGCACAUGCACAUUGACUUGGAUUCUUCCAGCAGCGACAGUAUACCUGAGCUGGCUGCUCGCUAUGCGAAUUGUCUGGAGACUCUGAGCGUUGAGUCCAGUGACAAGUAUAUGCUCUGCAGACUGUUCAAGAACUCUGUAGAUGAGUCACCCGUAGUGUACCCGAAUCUACGUACAUUCGUGGCGUCAUGCGGGUAUCGCUGGAGUGGCAAUGAAGAAACAUACAAUUUUAGGGUCAACCCUUUCCCGGAGCUGCAGCGGCUCAUAUGCAAGGGUGUCUUCCCAUUUACUACUAGCCGUGUGCUUCACUGGAUACGGCCUACGAUCGAGGUGAUGGAGAUUAAUUUCCGUGACCACUUUUACAACCGGUUUGUCGAGGACGGCGUGUUCAGUGCUGGUUCAUUCCCGAACCUGCGUCAUGUCAAACUGUCAUGGUUUGAGGAUUCCAAGCAUAUCUCGAUUGUCGACCCAUCACCCGAACUCCCACGUGUGCUAUCACUCAGCCCUAUCAUCAAAAAGGUUGUCUUCGAUACACCAGUUGCUAGUCUCAAAAUUCCAAGAGUCGCUCUGCAUACGUACAGAACUCUAAAGGAUCUGGAUCUGAGCGGUAUUCAGCUCACUAUCUUACAGUCGAUCCUGCUGAUCAGCACCUCUCCUGAGCUUCAUACAGUGACAUUGUCCCUGAAGUCCAGCCAUAGUGCAAAUGAACGAGGGAGCAUAAGUGACGCCAAAAUCAAAGAGUUUCAGGAGAAGAACAUAUGCACUGGAAAUCCGAAACUGAUGACGUUGAGGAUAAGGACGACUAAAUUCCCCACACGUUUGUGUGCUGCGCAACAUACCCUGCUACUGGCCAGUGUUUUCAAAUCACUACAGCGUAUCGAGGUUUGCAGCCUUGAUAAGAUACGCAACGCAGCAACUCUCGCGGCAUUUGACAAGGCAAAGGAGCUCAACAUCUUUGACAACGAUAGAGAAGACCGGAUCCGGUGCAUGGUGGUUGUGUUGGUUCGCAAGUAGGGUUUAAAGGGCUGUAAUCAGGAAAAAUAUACGCCAAAUGGUGCAGCUUGACAUAAAACGCUCUGCAA